UUAGGUUGCGGCGGCGCGAAGACCCAAUACGAACCUGGCCUCUGUUCCGCACAUGAUCGAACUCAGCAAAACAAAACUAUCUCAAACGAUCCUGGAUUUGGAAACCCGCACUCUUCUGAAGUGAGAUCAGCAGUAACGGAUCCAUUCGGACAUAAAUAGUAAUCCAAUCGGUAAAAUCUCGUUAAACCGAUCCUUCAAGGCCUUUUAGUUUGUUAGCAUGCUGAAAAUGUUGGGUAGAGAAUGUGUAAUUCUUAUAAUCGAUAUAUGUUCUUGAUAGUUUGGAUUUAUUGAGAAUGGGACAUCCAAGUUCUCACAUGCUUCCUCUAUUGAUCGUUCGAAGAAUCCAGUUUUUUUCCCGCCAUUAUUCGUCAAGUCUGCACGUAGUUCCAAUUUCUUCCCAACUCUCCAAACUGACAAAGAAAUCAUGCAUCGAAUAUCUCCGGAACUGCAAAUCCAUGGAUCAACUCAAACAAAUUCAGAGUCAGAUCUUUCGAAUCGGUCUCGAACGGGACAGGGACACCACCAACAAAUUGAUGGCAUUUUGUGCGGAUCCAUCUGUUGGAAACUUGCGCUACACAGAGAGGAUGUUCGAUUACAUACAAGGUCCAUCUCUGUUUGUUUAUAAUGUGAUGGUUAAAGCGUAUGCCAAAAGGGGUAUUUUCAGAAAAGUCCUUUUGCUAUUUCAACGGUUGAGGGAAGAUGAGUUGUGGCCUGAUAAUUUUACUUACCCGUUUGUUCUAAAAGCCAUUGGUUGCUUAAGGGAUGCGAGGAAAGGUGAAAAGGUUCAUGGCUUUGUGGUGAAAACGGGAAUGGUUUGUGAUACUUAUGUUUGUAAUUCACUUAUGGAUAUGUAUGCGGAAUUGGGCAAGGUUGGGAAUGCCAAGAAGCUGUUCGACGAAAUGCCGAGGAGAGAUUCUGUUUCUUGGAAUGUUUUGAUUUCUGGGUAUGUUAGGUGUAGGAGAUUUGAGGAUGCUGUUAAUGUAUUUAAGGAAAUGCAGCAAGAAAGCAAUGAGAAACCUGGUGAAGCUACUGUUGUUAGCACUCUUUCUGCCUGUACAGCUCUGAAAAAUCUGGAGCUGGGGGUGGAAAUUCACAACUAUGUUAGAAAGCAGCUUGGUUUUACCACUAUAAUCAAUAAUGCAUUGUUGGAUAUGUACGCAAAAUGUGGGUGUUUAGAUAUUGCCCGCAAGAUAUUUGAUGAAAUGCCAAUGAGAAAUGUGAUUUGUUGGACCAGCAUGAUUUCUAGCUAUAUUAACUGUGGUGAUUUAACAGAGGCUAGAGACUUGUUUGAUAGAAGUCCAGUUAGAGAUGUUGUUCUGUGGACAGCAAUGAUUAAUGGGUAUGUGCAGUUCAACCAUUUUGAUGAGGCUGUGGCCUUGUUUCGCGAAAUGCAAUUUCAAAAGGUAAAGCCAGAUAAGUUCACGGUAGUCGCUCUUCUUACGGGCUGUGCGCAGUUGGGAGCUCUAGAGCAAGGGAAAUGGAUUCAUGGAUAUCUAGUUGAGAACAGAAUAACAAUGGAUACUGUGGUUGGUACUGCACUCAUUGAAAUGUAUUCCAAAUGUGGAUGUGUGGAUAAAUCUUUAGAAAUUUUCUAUCAGUUGGAGGAGAAGGACACGACAUCGUGGACAUCGAUGAUUUGUGGUCUUGCCAUGAAUGGGGAGACCGGUGAAGCGCUUAGGCUGUUCACAGAAAUGGAACUCGAGGGAGCUAAGCCUGAUGAUAUCACCUUCAUUGGUGUUCUGAGUGCCUGUAGUCAUGGUGGAUUGGUAGAGGAAGGACGUCGGUAUUUCAACUCGAUGAAAACGGUUUAUCGAAUUGAGCCAAAGGUAGAACACUAUGGGUGUGUUAUCGACCUCCUUGGUCGAGCGGGGCAGUUGGAUGAAGCGGAGGAACUGAUACGAGAGAUUCCCAGUGAAAAUGAUGCAAUUCUGAUUCCUCUCUAUGGUGCUUUGCUUAGUGCUUGCAGAAUCCAUAAUAAUGUUGACAUGGGUGAAAGAUUAGCCAAAAAACUAGUGAACAUAGAAUCAUGUGAUUCUAGCAUUCACACACUUCUUGCGAAUAUAUAUGCUUUUGCCCACAGGUGGGAAGAUGCAAAGGAAGUGAGAAGGAAAAUGAAAGAGCUUGGAGUUAAGAAGAUGCCUGGAUGUAGUUCGAUCGAGGUUGAUGGCAUCGUUCACGAGUUUCUUGUUGGGGAUCCAUCUCAUCCAGAAAUGGUGGAAAUAUGCUCCAUGUUGGAUAGCGUGGUUGGACCAUUACUGGGACCAAAGGAAUCCGAGCUUGAAACUGUGAUACCACUUCACAUUGAUGGCACUGUCGUGUUGCAUCCAUUACAUGAGGCUGACAAAGUUUCUUGAUUAUCUUCUAUGGGGUUCCAAAUUUGCCAAUGCACUCAGGAAACAGUUUUUUGAGGUGUUCGAUGUAGGCUUGACCAAACAUAUAACCUAUCGAGAGAUGUCGAGAGAUGAUUGAGGAGUUUCAAAUUUGCCAAUGCAGUUAGGGAACAGUUCUUUGAGGUAUUCGAUGUAGGCUUUGUUAGGAAUCACCGAUCUCCAUCUUGGUAUGAUAUUGUCCAUUUUGAGCAUAAGCUCUAAUGGCUUCGCUUUGGGCUUCCCCAAAAGGCUUUGUAUCAAUGAAGAUGUAUUCCUUGCUUAUAAACCCAUGAUCAUUCCCUAAAUUAACCAACGUAGGACUCUCUCCCAACAAUCCUCAACAAGGCUUGACCAAACAUAUGGAUUGUCGAGAGAUGAUUGAGGAGUCAAAUUUGCCAAUGUAGUCUGGGAACAGUUUGUUUUUUUAGGAGUUCGAUGUAGGCUUGACCAAACAUAUGGCCUGUUGAGAGAUGAUCGAGGAGUUUGCAAUUUGUCAGCGCAGUCUGGAAACAGCUUUGUGAGGAGUUCGAUGUAGGCUUGAACCAAACAUAUGGCCGGUCGAGAGAUGAUCGAGGAGUUCCUCCUCUAUCCUCCGGUUCAUUGUAAGAGAAGUUUUUUUUUUUUCCCCACGAGAAAUUAUGUGCCAUUAUGUGGAGGCUUCAGGGAGAUGGGAAUACUACAAUUUGUGUAGGACUUGAAGUUAACCAAUGCACAGCUUGGUUGAAGUUUGAGGACUUCACUCCAUUUCUAGGCUCAUUAGGCAGCUGACUAUUAAACAGUGAAGCCUUUUGGGAGCGAUAUAAUAAAUUGUUCGACCAAUUUUCAAGACCUAGAUUUCGAAGGAGGAGGUGUACUCUCGAAUGUAAGGGCAUGUAGGCAGUGAAUCAAGUUAAAAGUGCAAAUCAGUAAAAACAGGUGAAUCGUUAAAU